AUGUCGGAAACUCUUCAGAUCAGCAGAGUCGCAGGCACCAACGGCGCCCCUACACACGUGACCGUCACCGCCCAGGCUCUUUUCCAGAUCCUCGACCAUGCUCUCAGACGCGAGGAGGAGCAGUCCAAGGUCAUUGGUACCCUUGUUGGUAUUCGUUCCGAGGACGGCAGCGAGGUUGAGGUGCGAAACGCCUACGCCGUUCCCCACUCCGAGUCCGAGCAGGAGAUGACUAUCGAUCUCGAAUACAACCCCACCAUGCUUGCUCUCCACCGAAAGGCCUUCCCCAAGGAAGUGAUUGUCGGCUGGUACGCUACUUCUUCGGAGCUCAACACCUUCUCCGGACUCAUUCACGACUAUUACACUCAGCUGGAUGGAACCCCCGCAAUCCACCUGACUGUCGAGGCCGCCAACCUCGCAGACACCCUUCUGCCCCGAACCUACGUGGCAUCCGCCGUGGGCAUCGAUCCCAGCAAGAACUCGGGCAACUGUGUCUUUGUGCCCAUUUCUAACGAGGUCAAGUUCAACGACUCGGCUGACCGAGCCGCUUUGGAGGCUAUCUCCUCUGCCAGGGAGUCUCCCGAGCGAAGCAUAAACCUGACGUCCGAUCUGGCCAACCUGGAGAACUCGCUGACCCAGGUGCUCGACAUGCUGGAGCGAGUCCAGACCUACGUUGCUCGAGUCAUCAGCGGCGAGGAGUCUUCUGAGAAGGCCCAGCAGGUUGGCAAGCAGCUGCUGUCCACUCUGACCCUGACUCCCUCUCUGGACGCCCAGAACCUCGAGGCGCUUUUCAACUCUCACCUGCAGGACGUUCUCAUGGUGGUCUACUUGGCCAACACCGUCAAGACUCAGCUUCAGCUUUCUGCUAAGCUCACCACUCUGGUCUAA